GUGACCAAACGAUGCUACGUUGUUUUGCGUGUAGAUGGGUUUAACCCUGCCUCUGUUGCCGGGGCCAGUGUUAACCAGGGACCCCCUCAAAUGAUGGGCAUAGGCAUGAGCGGAAGGGCCGGAGCCAUGGGCCCCGAGGGAACUCCAAACAUGGGCGCACCAAACAUGAUGCCAGACAAUGGAGCCAUGGUAAUGUAUGCGCCUAGAUGGGCGCUUACUCUCUUUCAACCUCUUUCAAUUUCUCUCACUCUCUCAAAAUCUCGCUCUCCUUAACCUUCUCAACCCUUGGUACUGAAUAGAAACUGCAGUGUAUUGUUUUCGCAUCAGUUUUCAGGUUUUAACCAGUGGUGAGAGGAGAUGCCAGAGGCUAUUUAGAUGCUGCUUAUGGAUAUUACAUUCCAAGUUGUUUUGCCAGUGACCUUGAUUUUAAUAGAUAUCUUGUCCAGCUGGUCUUUUCUGGCAUCUUUUCCCUUACCAUUGCAGUAUCUUUAAUCAUAAUGUCAUAGUAUCUCGUGGUGGUGAUUUGCAAAUUGAGGUUAAAAUAAUUAAAUGUACUCACCUGACUUCACUGUUCACAUCAGGAGGUUAGUGCGGGCUAGGAAAGGGAUUCUCAUAGCUUAUAUCAGCUCUGCACCCAUAACUAAUGGACUGAUUCCUCUCUCCCACUUCUGACUCUGCCUGGAACUCCUCUGGUUGCCUACUUUGACGUUCGGAAUGCCUUCAUUGCCUCGCCAAAACGAACAUUAUUAUUGAAUAUCCCAUCCAAUUCUUCUGCAUCUGGACUGCUCAUAAUAUCUCCACCAACCCUUUCCCUUUAUAUUGUAGCUGCGCAACGAUAGGUUCCCCCAGGGGGCUCCUAAUCAGAUGGGUUCUUCCCCCAUGGGGGGCCGUCCAGGGGUGGAGUCCCCUCAGCAGCAACCGGCAGUGGGGGCAGGGCUUAUGGGGGCAGGGCCUGGGCCUGCAGUGGGGGGGCCAGCAAGCUUCGGGAGGGGAAUCCCCGUUGUGGGAAACUAUGACGGGCCUAACAACAAACGUCGUAGAUACUGAUUGUGUUACGUUUCAAAAAUUUAAACGGUGUACCCCAAGGCUCAAUAUUUGGAUCUCUUGCUUUUCCUUUCUCAUUAUGUAAAAUAACUGAUUUUAUUUUCUCGUCAAAUGUUUGUUUUUGUUCUUUUAAUUUGGGCUGAUUAUUUCCCUCAGCUUCUUCAUGUGUCCCGAAUGUUGACUGAGAAAAAAAUACCUUUUUAUAGCACGAGCCAGGACCUAUGUUGA